AUGCCAUCACCCAAAACAAUCAAAGAGAUGCAAAGGUUAGCCGGACGCCUAGCCGCGCUUAACCGUUUCCUGUCAAAUCACGCCGCAAAGUCGUACCCUUUCAUAAGUACCCUGCACAACUGUGUAAAGAAGCAAGAGUUCAGAUGGACGCCUGAGGCAGAAAGCGCUUUUCAGCAGAUGAAGGAGUGUUUGAUCGAACUCCCAACGUUGACCGCACCGUUCGAAAAGGAGCCGCUCAUCCUGUACUUAUCAUCAUCAGACAAGGCAGUGGGUUCGGUAUUGCUUGUAGAAAGAAACGGGGUUCAGACUCCAAUCUACUAUGUCAGUAGAAUGCUCACAGAUCCAGAAACAAGAUAUUCAACGAUGGAGAAACUAGUACUAGCGUUGCUACAUGCCUCCAGAAGGCUGCGCCGGUACUUCACAGGCCACGUCAUCACCGUACUCACCAAUUUCCACAUUGGGACGAUAUUACAAAAACCAGAGACGUCCGAACGAUUAGCGAAGUGGGCGACCGAGCUGGGGGGCCACAACAUUUUUUAUAGGCCGCGCCCAGCCAUCAAGGGUCAAGUCCUGGCAGACUUUAUCACAGAAGUCCCAGCGGAAAAAGUCAAAGAUUGUGAGAUUGUCGAAACUCCCAUGAAAGAUACAUCAGAGGGAUUAUGGUUGCUAUACACAGAUGGUGCCUCAAACGAGGACGGCGCAGGAGCCGGAUUGCGCCUUGUGAGCCCUGAAAAACAUAAAUUUACAUACGCUAUCAGGUUGGAUUUUAAAAAUACCAACAACGAAGCGGAGUACGAGGCAUUUCUGGCAGGCUUGCGCCUCACCAUUAAAAUGGGAGCUAAAAAUCUGCAAGCGCACGUUGAUUCGCUUUUGAUCGCCAGUCAAGUUAACGAAUUCUAUGAUGCAAAAGGCGACGUUAUGGCCUUAUAUCUGGAUCAAGCAAAAGAGCUGCUGCAGAAGUUCACGUCAUACAGGGUGGUACACAUCAAUCGCUCCGAAAAUAAACAGGCAGACGCUUUAAGCAAGCUUGCGUCAACUUCUUUUCAGUAUCUCGCAAAGGAGGUAAGGAUUGAAGUACUCAAAAACCCAUUAGUCCUGUUGCGCCAGGUGAAUGUGAUCGAAAUAGGGCAGCUAUCCUGGAUGACCCCUAUAAUCCAAUAUCUGCAGGAAGGGAUACUCCCGGAAAACAAAGCAAAGGCAAGGAAAAUCCAACACAAAGCCCUGCAUUAUGAAAUGAACGAUGGUAUUCUCUACCGGAAGUCCUUCUCGGGGCCCUUACUGCGCUGCGUAGACCCCCAGGACGCGACAUACUUAAUCAGAGAAAUCCACGAAGGGAUCUGUGGCAUCCAUGCAGGACCACUCAUGGUUGUUGCGAAGAUUAUGAACGCCGGAUAUUAUUGGCCAGGGAUGCACGUCGACGCCCUGAAGGAGCUGCGCAAAUGCGACUCUUGUCAGCGACAUUCUCCAAAGACCCUGCGCCCCAAAAAUGAUCUUAUCCCAGUGUCCACUGCUUGGCCUUUCCAACAGUAG